AUGUCGAACAAAGAUUAUUAUCACCGUUGGCUGCAACUAAAAGAACAGCUUAAAUUAGCGUUACUGGACGAUGACCGAAUUCAGCAAUUGGCUAUAAAUUAUAUCGGUGUCAAACCUCAAGGUACGGCGGUAGAAGUAGUUGCUAGAGUAUACAGCAAGUACUGCGAGUUAUACAACCAACUAUGCGAUUGUUACGAUCAGAUGGAGCAAGCACAACGAAGGCCAUACAUAAAGAAAAUUAUUGACGGCAUUACGUGUCGUAUUAUUGAGUUAAAAAAGACUCUAGAGGAAAUUGAAGUUUUUGAAUUUACUUAUCCUGACAACGCGUUGCAACAAUUGUUGAUACAACCUUACGAUAUUGAAAUACUUUGUCCUUUUUUCUAUCCAUUUGAAAUACGACAAGCAGAGAUGCAAUACAUAAUGGAUGAAAUAUUUGCGGGAAACCGUCUAGGAGACCUGCCUAAAACGCAAGAACAGUCUGAGGGUGAAGAGCAAGAAAAUCCAGAAGAAGAACAAAAACCUAUAAUGAAACCUAUUUAUGAAGAGGAAAAAGAAAUUGACCCUAGAAUGUUAGAUCCCAAAUACGUCCAUGCUAUAAAUAUUCAGAGAAUGGAAAGGUCUCGAUUUUGUACCAAGGAAAUAGUACAUAAAGUUUUUCAAGAUCAAAAUUUAUACUUGGAGUUAGCGGGAUUAAAAAAGCCUAAACUACGAGAAGAUAUCAGGAAAGCAGCUGCGCUAAUUAUACAAAAAGUAUGCAGAAAAUUUAUGGAAAUGAAACGUAUACAUGUACGAGAAAAUAAAUUAAAAGAAAAGCUAGGUAUGACAGUUUCUUCAUGGAAACCACCUUCAGCAAAAAUUCAAUUAGAAAAGGUUAAAGAAGCAAGACGUCAAUAUAGACGAGCAUAUUAUGAACAAUGGAUAAAUGAUAAUUUAAAAGAAAAAGCACGUGUUUUGAAACUAAGGCAGGGCGAUAUAUUGGAUGAUAUAACUGAUGAAAUUAGACAGUGGUUUACUGAAUGGUUUAGAGAAGUUCAAGUAUUUGAUGAAUUCCCUUGGGCUGAAGAAGGUGGAUCUAUAUUAAUUGUAAGAGGAGAAACCUUCACAAUCGAAGAAUAUUUAGAUUGGCGUACAGCUGAAGAAAAAAAACAGAAAUCAGCUGUACCUCAGAGCAAGGAAGAAAUCAAAGCUGCAAAGAAAUUUGCAAAAGAAGAAAAAAGAAGAUUAGCAUUAGAAGCCAGAGAGAAAGAGAAAAAAAGACUGCUAGAUUAUAAAAAAUCGCGUAUGAAUCCUGACAAUGACCCUGGUAUCUACAUUAAAAUUGGUCAUCAUUUCGCGGAUUUAAAAUUUCACUGCAGUAAUUAUGAAACUACGUGGUCUGAUAUCGAUACCCCUACGGCAGGAAUAGAAGCAAUGAAAGGUCAUAUAAUGCGAUUAAUAACAGAAAACGCUUACAAGGACUUAAAAAUAGAAUUACGUCCAAUUGCUGAUGAAAUUAUGAGACUAGAGUUAGAAAUAUUAAGAAACGCUCUCAAAGUGGAUUAUGCAGCUAUAGGACAAAAAAUUCCUAUGACACAAAAAAGAAAAAAACCUAGAAUACCUAAGCCUCCAAAACCUGAGAAAAUAUCUGCGAAAGUUAUGUUUCAGCGAUUAGCUGAUAAUGGUAUUGUCAGAAAAUACCCCCAUGUAACACUAGAUGACUACUGGGGCGACAGAAAUUAUGCUGCUGCAGACUGCAGGGCCAUUCUGUGGACCCCGGUAUUUCCACCGUCUUGUAUAGGUGACGUAAAAGAACAAGUAAGAAUUCGAUGUCUUCUGACUCUUGGAGCUACUUGUGCAGGUAUACAAAGAACACAGUUGAUCGUGGGCCCUAAAGGUACUGGCAAAAAAACAUUGGCAUAUGCAGUCGCUACCGAAACUAACUCUCUAUUGAUUGAUCUAUCACCUUUAACUACUUAUGAUAAAUUUGUAGGCCCAAAAAAGACUAAAAUUAUGCUAAAUUAUAUCAACAAGAUAAGCAGGAUGAUGCAACCUACAGUUAUAUUGGUGGAUAAAGCGGACAAGAUGUUUUAUAAAAAGGUGCCAAAAGAAGAAAAAAAUUUUGAUCCAACGCGUUUGUCAAAAUUGUUCUUUAAAGAAAUAGUUAAACCCCUCGGAACAUCCGAUAAGAUUUUAGUUAUUGGUACAGCGACAGAACCUUGGUUAGCCAAAAAAAAUACAAUGUUUAAAGCGUUCCCAUCGACUAUUAUGAUACCUACUUCAGACUAUGGGAGCAUUUCUUUAAUAUUAACACAAAUGCUUAUGAAGUUUCAUGGUGUUAAUCGUGACUUUAAUAUAUCUUCUAUAUCACAAGCUCUAAGAGGUUAUGACAUUUGCACAAUUCGAUCAGUUGUCGAAAAAUUGAUGACUGGUAAACGCUUAACUGAGCUCUAUUACAAACCUCUUCACCCUAUGGAAAUUUUAUCUGCAGUUUUAAAUUCAGAAAAUAUCGCGGCUAUGGAUCCAAUGGCGAGCGAAAUGUACAAGGCAUGGUACUUAACAUACUCGCCAUGGGGACAGAAAUUUAUGGAUUACAUGUUAAUGCUAGAGAGCCAGUACGCUAUGAAAUUGAAAAAUGAUAAGAAAAACAAAACUUAA